AUGUUGUUCAGAAGCGAUCGGAUAGUCAUUCCGAAGACUUGGAGAAACAGACUGCUCGUCCAGAUCCACGCGGGACACUUAGGCAUAAACAGCUGUCUAAAGAGAGCCCGCGAGACUGUAUACUGGCCAGGGCUAACGACAGACAUCAAAUGCUACGUGGAAAGAUGUGCCACAUGCCAAGCAACUGACAAGAAACCAGCGAGAGAGCCACUUCAUCUCAAAGAAAUACCAGACCUCCCGUGGGAAAGAGUAUCAUCAGAUCCCUUCAACUUCGAAGGAAAAUCCUACGUUGUCAUUGUCGACAGCUACUCUGGAUUCCUAGACUUCAAGAAGCUCUCAGGAGAAUCGUCAAAAGAAGUUGUAAACGUCAUGAAAGAGUGGCUAGCAACUCAUGGCGUCCCCAAAGUGAUUGAAACACACAACGGUCCCUGCUACGCAGCACAAGAAUUCAAGAACUUUAGCAGAGUCUGGGGCUUCCAACACGUGCCUUCAAGUCCGAGGUAUGCACAGUCAAACGGUCUUGCUGAACGAGCCGCUCAGACUGCAAAAGGGAUUCUCCGAAAAUGCUUUCUGGUUGGAAGCGACAUACAAAUGGCCCUCCUCAGUUUCAGAAACACGCCAAGGAGUGAAGAACUGGGUUCACCUGCACAUAGACUGUACAGCAGGAGGACAAGAACUCCAGUUCCCACACACAAGCUACAAAAGCCCGAAAUAAUCCAAAGCGUGCCGGACAAGUUGCGUCACGAGCGCAACCAGCAGAAGACUUACGCUGACCAGCACUCCAAACGAGCCCCUGCCAUGGCCCCAGGCGAUAAAGUCAAAGUUUGGGAAGAAAACAGGAGAUGA